GGGCCACCUGCCAGAAAAUGUGUUUAUAUUAGAAUGUGAUUGUGCUCACAUCCAAGGAGAUGGGCUACAAGCAAGGACACACACACAGAAACUUCAACUGGAAAUAAGUCCGUCUGGGUUCAGCUAAAUUAAGUCCAGGAUCCGAACAAAACAACCCAUAAAAGUUUCCUGUCUUACUGCAGCUCUUGCGUGAACACCAUGGCUGAAGGUUCACCGGUGGAAGACGUGUUGAUGACUCACAGUGGCUAUGAAAGCGCUACAUCUAGUUCCCACUAAGGCAAAAACGGCUUCCUCUUUACGUUUGCGUUUCUUCGAGCCAAGAAAACAUGGGAAGCGUCAGUAGCCUGAUAGCAGGACACAGUUAUCACAGCAAGCACUGCCGGGCCUCUGAACACAAAGUGAAGAAGACAAGCAAGAAAUCGAGUCGCAGUGCCAACGGCCUUCUGAGGUAUGGUCUCUCCCAGGACUCCACCAACAACGCCACCAAAGCCAUCUCCAAACUGGGAAAAAGUGAGGACUUCUUUUAUAUCAAAUUGAGCCAUAAAACCAGAGUGCCCCACAAAAGCGAAGGUGUAAAACCGGCUAUCGGAGAGGAGGAGAAGAAAGCACAAGCUGGAAUGGAAGCUGUCGGCUCGACACCACCAAAACUGGUGCCAUUCUCCGGAAAACUCGAAAAGGGAACAGAAAAGGGUUUGAUACGGCCUACAGCAUUUAAACCAGUCAUUCCUCGGAAUAGCAAUUCCACUGUUCAUAUGUCAAUGGAAAGCCAUAAUAACUUGAACCAGGUUCACAACGGCAAACAACUCAGCCCUUCUGAGAAAACAAAGGACCAAGAUCAGAAGCAGGCAAACCACUCUGGGACCUUGUCAGACUCUGGCAGGAACUCCAUGUCUAGUAUCCCAACACACAGCACAACUGGCAGCUGCCAAACGGACAACCUCAGCACUUCUGCUGGCCUUCCGAACAGGUUUGGAGGGUCUGCCCAAAACAUGAACCAGACUAGAAACACAGGCACACCAGAUGACAGCAACAUUGUCAGCCUCAAGGUAAUGUCCUUCUCCGACUGUGGACAAUCUUCUUCUAGUGAGAGUGGACCUUCAGGGCAGGUGGACCAUUGUUCUGAAAACGUGACUUGCAUCCGGUCACCCAUCUCCACCGAUGAGGCCCUCAUCCUGAAGCUGGAGCAGAAACUGCUUGAGAAAGAUAGUGAGCUCCAGGACCUGCAGGUCAGUUUUGAGGAGAAAGAAACAGACACCUGUCAGUUCUUUGAGGAGAAACAGAAGUACUGUAAGGAGGAGAUGGAAGGGCUGAAGCAGAGAUGCUCAUCCAAGUUACGGCAGGUCUCCCAGAAGGCUGAGAGAGCUCAGCAGGUCAUGCAGCUCCAGAUCUUCCAGCUCCAGCAGGAGAAGAAGAAGCUCCAGGAUGAUUUGAACCAGCUGGCCCAGGAACAAGACCAGCUAGAGGUCAAACUCAAGUCUUAUGAAAAAGGGCAGACCCAACUGGCGCCAACACUGGAGGAAACACAGUGGGAAGUGUGCCAGAAAUCUGGAGAGAUCUCUCUACUGAAGCAGCAGCUGAAGGAAUCCCAGGGAGAUGUGAGCCACAAGCUGAACGAAAUCGUCAGCCUCAAAGCCCUCCUGAAAGAAACCAAAGCUAAAAUAGAGCCCAUGGAGCAGAAGGUCAGGGAGAUGGAGGAGUCUGUUCACAUGAGGACCAUGGAGGUGGAGGUAUGUGAGAAUGAGCUUCAGCGCAAGAAGAACGAGGCUGACCUCUUGAGGGAAAAGGUGGGCCAACUGGAGACAGACAUCCAGAACCUGAAUCGGGAUCUUGCCUUGGUCAAGGAGGAGUUGCAGAAAAACAAGCAGGAAGCCAGUGGUCGACGAGCAACAGGACAAGCCAAAUGUUAUUCAACUGGAGAGCAUGAGAUGGAAACCCUGCAAAAGGAGGUGGAAAGGCUGAAAGCAGAGUUAAAGGAAGAGAGGCAGAAGAGGGAGAAGAUGGUGACCAGUUUUCAGCAUGAGAGGCUGAUCUGGAACCGGGAGAAGGAAAAGGUGAUCAAGUAUCAGAAGCAGCUUCAGCACAACUACCUACAGGUGCACAAGAAGAACCAGGAUUUAGAGAAGAUCUUGAAGGAACUAACUGUGGAGCUGGAGAGUCGCACAGAGUUGGACAUUGACGUGCAAAGUGCAGACAUUCACUACGAGAAAAUUAUAGCCACGAAAAUUUGAACUUUUUUUUUUUUUACAAAAUCCAAAAUAGAAUAAAAGAAAAACUACAUUUUCUGAAGCACAUUGCUUGAGGUCUUAUCACAAGGGUUAACCCACAUCCAGUUACAUUUUCAUGGGCAUCAGGUUCUGUGCUUCAACUUUAAGUUGCUUAAUGGCUUUUCAUGCCAUAUCAACCACACUGCUUGAGGUCCCACUCUUUUGGUGGAUAGUACGUUAUCCAUUCAAUGGUCUUUAAUCCUGUCCCAUUUGGAAAAGUUACACAUUUUUCCCAAAUGGCUUCUUAAACUCAUAUACAUUUCUGAAAAAUAUAAUGUUUCAUAUGCUAAUAUGAGCUUCCUUUGAGAAGCCCUCUCCUUUGUAUUUGUCCUGGUAACAUUUUCAGAGGAAGUCUAUGUCUUUGUGUCAUUUAUCUGUCCAAUAUUUCAGUAAAGCAGGAUGACACAGUGAUAAGUGUUCUUCCUGGAAAGACCAGUAACACAGGAGUAUCUAAUGUAUAUUAACCAGCAUGAUAGAGGCUGCUCUAUCGUAGUUAUCAACAUGCCAGUAGGAAAGACCUACCCAAGCAUUUCUAUAAAUGAUGCAACUCCUUUCCAAGCACAUCAAUUUUCUAUGUAUUAUAUCUACCUACACUUCCACAUUCCAUCUGAAUGGCCAACUAUAUAAGCCCAACCUCAAAUCCAACCCAAACAUCUCCACUAUAUUUAUGGGAAAUAUUUACCCAGGUGCUUCCACAUGCCUAUGAGAAUUACACACAUAACAAGAACACUUGCUGGUUUUAUAGAAACCUCCCUUAACCAUCACCCCCCAAAUCUAGGCAUAACAUUCUCUAUACUGUUAAAAAUAUCUUCCCCCCACCCAAAACCUUUGCCCUGAUUCUAAACCAACUACCAAAACCAGUCCUUACCCUAGCUCAUAUCAUAAAGAGGAAGAUCCACUCAAUACUUGAAACAUUGUUCAAGCACCUUAGGCUUAUGGAAAGUAUACAGGGUCAUGCCACUGAAACAGCAACAAAGAACAACUACCGUGGAAACAGCAUUGCUUUAGUGCUGCAUGAUACUGAAGAACUAGUACAUUAGAUGCAGAAUUUGGCAGUUUCCGGAGCUAGUCAGGCAGAAGACAUUGAGCAUUUUGAGUCAUAGCCUGAUAGUACUCUGGAAACCUGACUCUGUUAAAAAAUAUAAAAAGAGAACGCUGACAAGAAUGAAGGAGUAGAGAUACUGAUCUUCUUUAGGGAGUGACUCCACUUGACUUAAAGAACACCUCAAAAAGUGUUUGUCAACGAGAUCCCAUUCAUAACUGUCUAUUUUCAAUGACAACAAGAGAGGAUAAAGGAGUUCCUUAAAUGCUGACACCCGGCUGCGCCCCAUUUGUUAUCCAGGUGCUAAAAAUGUUCACCACAAUGGCUUUGUUGAGUUGAAUUAACUACCUUUGGCGCUGUUGUUUUGGUAAUGAGCCAUGUAGGCCUUUGACAGCAGCCAUUUAAAAAAAAACUGCUGAAUUUAUCUUCUGGGGUUUAUGUUACUAUUUGUGUUCAUUUGUCUGGUGUUUCAUUGAGUAAGUAAUGACCAGAAAGAUUUUCAAGACUCAAAAGAGUGAUGAAGAAACAAUGGUUGUAAUGCAGAGAAAAUAACACCAGGUAGGAAGUAAUGGAGUUUUGAUGUUUUUAUAACCUCUUUUGUCUCUCACCUCUGGAGCACUGUGUUCGGGCUAGUGGACACUUGGCAGUGUCUGCUUGUGAGAGGCCCAGGACUGCAUGGGGUGUUUAGGUUAGGAGAGUCUCAGAGCUUUUAGGGAGCAUCUACUGGCAUCUGCCUGCUCCGUGCUUGACUGUAGACAAUCCAAAAUGAGACUUUCAACAAUUGUAAUCUAAUUACAAACCUAUUAGCCAUACAUUUCUGUCAAAUAUAGAGCCGUUGAUGCAGAGCAAUGCAAACUUAUGAGAUGUUAAGCAUGAAGUCAUACACAUAAACUGGCCAUUCGAUAGAUAACGAAGCAAAUCCAUUCCAUAUUGAAUUAAAAAAAAAUUAAAAAGUAAAAAUUCAGUUCAAAAUAAAAGUCCUAUGUAUUUCAUAAACUGGUUUUAUGCCAGUUUCUUUCACAUGCAAAAUGAUUAAAUCUGUUAAAGUAAUUAGAGUUACACAAAGCACCAGAAAAUACAACAGAUAAAUCAUUACUUUUAGCGUUGUUUCAGAAGGAAGGGGGUUCAAAUACGAUCAAGAGACGAAUACUCAUUUCUAAGAGGUUGUCUCUCACUAACUCAAUCAAAUCCUUUAUCUAAACCGGUAGAACCAGCUCAGGUUCUUAUUCACAGUGGUGUGAAACAAGGCAGGUGGAAUUAAGACUUGGUCAGGGCAGAAAGGAUUUUUCCAGAGUUGUAUUGAGCUGCAGUGGUAAAACCUGUCCUUCAGAUAAGUACCCCACCCUUUUAACGUUCAUGGAGCAGGCAUGAUGACUUGGAUUUAGAACUCUGUUCAAAGAUCCUCACCCCCGAGAGUACACAACCCCGGACUUUGCAUUGACUUUGUUUAGUGGUCUCCAUUCCAAGUACAAAACAGGCUCCACCUAGCUAAAAUGGAACAGCUGCAGGGCACUAAGCAUGAUGUUGCUUUAGCAUGUACUUCAGGUGUUGUUUUAGUUACCCUUAUAAGGUGUACAAUCAAAGGCUGCUUGGUGCCUGACAGGUGAACACCUGCUCUUUUAAUUGCAUUAUCUUUAAAAAAAAAUAACGGUUUACCUUUUACUCGGCUAAUGUUCUGCAGCAUUACAAUGUUCACUGAAUAUGCCAAAUUCUUUUUUUAAGGUUAUGCGUUUUUAUAUUAUUGUACACAAACCGCUUUGGUUGGAUCAGAUCACAGUGGUGAUGUAAAUAAAUUUCUCAGCUACUUCUACUCUGCAUGUUUGAUGAGUCACCAGCUUUUGAACGAAACAAACUGCCUAUUUAAUUGACUACCCUCCAACACUUUUGUAAAAAGACUGAAACGCUGCACAAAUGAUUAUAAACAACUGCUUUGCUAGGGGCUGGUGACACUUAAGGAAAAUAUUGGAAUUGCACUGUUAUUUAUGUACUGUA